GGACCAGCGGGGCGCGUCAGUCGAGAGCAGAGGCGCCGGCCGACAACACUCCGCGACCCGAGGUACGACUCUCUUUGACCAGUAGGAAGGCUCCUCGCCCUUCUCGUCCGCUCGAGAUGGCGGGGUCCAGGACCCUGACCGUCGCGCUGCUGGUGCUGCUGCCGCUCGCCCUGGCCCUGGCCCGCCCGGACGGGCCGACGCUCCCCGAGGCCGCGGCCGCCCAACCCCGGCACCGUCGCUCGGCCACUGAGGAGAGGAGGAAGUGGAACGACUGCAUCAUCAUGGAGCGCCAGUGCAACGACAAGGAGUGCAGCGAGUGCGCCCCGGGCGGCAAGCACGACGACUGCGCGUUCAUGUGCCGGUGGAACUGCAAGUGCGGCUGCGGCGGCUACCCCCAGGCCGGCGCGGACCUGGCCCGCUGGGGCGAGUGCUACCGCGAGGAGCGGCGGUGCGGGGAGACGCACUCGGCGUGCAAGAAGGGCUGCGCCAAGAAGUCGGGGCAGGGCGAGUGCGAGAGCAAGUGCGAGCUGGACUACAAGAAGUGCGCCUGCGAGUGCAUGCAGUCCAGCACCAGCACCUCGACCAGCACCACCCACUAGAGCCCUUAAUUAUACCCGAGGGGGCAAUAACUCCCUUUUGAAGUGUACACAUGAUUCCCGAAAUACUUGAUUCCCAGUGAUUCCCGGUGAUUCCCGCCGGCUUAUAUUUAUUCCUUAGGUUUUCUAGUUGUAGAAAACGGUUAUUCCGACUAAUUUGUACCAGUUUCGCUAGUUUCCCGCUUAGUUUGAGCGAUUUCUGUUGAUUUCGAUCAAUUUUUAUCGUGAUGAUUCCCAGGCAGGUGUACACAUGAUUCCCGGAGUUCUUGCCCCCUCGAUUAUACCAUUUCUUUCAAGUGAUUUCAGAACAAACCGAGUACAAUAAACAGUUCGAUGACUACCUUU